CCAUUCUUCAUUCCUCUUUCCCCCUCCCCAACGUCAAGUCAUACACCCCCUCAACACCGCCCACCAUGCCUCGUGAAGUCUCCGAUAUCAAGCAGUUCAUUGAGAUCUGCCGCCGCAAGGAUGCCUCCUCGGCCCGCAUCAAGCGCAACCGCAACACCCAGCAGAUCAAGUUCAAGGUCCGCUGCCAGCGUUUCGUCUACACCCUGGUCCUGAAGGACUCCGACAAGGCCGACAAGCUGAAGCAGAGCCUGCCUCCUGCCCUCCAGGUCGCCGACGUCUCCAAGGGCGGCGAGAAGAAGCGCUCCCUGUAAAUUGAUGUCCUCCGCGACGGAAAGUAGGGCAUGAGAGGGGGUUUGCGCAGCUGGUCAGUUGGAGUGAACUUAGCAUGGGAUGUGAAGGUUCAGUGUGGGCCGGCACGGGGACGAUUCCCACUCCCCAGUCCUAUGGGCUGCAUGGGUAGGACGUUCCUGCGUCCACUGCUGGUGCGCUGAUGUUAUGAUCAGGACAGACGAGUGUCUAUCUACGCGCCAGCCGGACGACCCGCAUCUCUCAAUUGUGUGUCUGAGGUUGCUUUGUCGGAGUUUCCUCCACUCUACCAUAUAAUGAAGAAUAAAAAUAAAAAAAACAGUUAAAAACAGCUGUC